GUCUAACAACAGUGACCAAUAGGAAGAACAGAAGAGAAUCCAAGAAAGCUGAGGUAAACCAUGAAUAUAAAAAUGUAUUCCAUCCUUUUGGUAGUCUUCUUGACCAAUACUGUGUGGACUCGAAACAUCAGAAUGAUUAAUGAUGACCUUGACCCAUAUGACUGGUCUUACUACACCUUUGAGUGUCCACAAGAAUGUUUUUGUCCUCAUAAUUUCCCAACUGCUUUAUACUGUGAUAACAAGGAACUUAAAGAAAUACCUGCCAUCCCAGCAAGAAUCCGGUAUCUCUAUCUUCAAAACAAUCUCAUUGAAACAGUUACAGGGAAAUCCUUUGCGAAUGCCACACAACUAAGAUGGAUCAAUCUGAACAACAACAAAAUCACUAGCAGUGGAAUUGAAAAGGAUGUAUUCAGCAACUUGAAAAGUCUGCUCUACUUGUUUCUUGAAGAUAAUGAGUUAGAAGAGGUGCCUGCUCCACUGCCAGCAAGCUUAGAGCAGCUGCGUUUGGCCAGAAACAAAAUCACUGCAAUCCCUGGAAAAGCCUUCAACAAUUUGGAAAACCUCACUAUGCUAGAUCUACAUCAAAAUAAGCUGUUGGACAGUACUCUCUCAAGUGACACCUUCCAAGGACUUAGCAGCCUCAUGCAACUCAACAUUGCUCAAAACUCACUUACAAAAAUGCCGCCAAUUCUCCCAGCUAAUGUAAUGCAGCUGUUUUUGGACAAUAACUCUAUUGAAGCAAUACCAGCAAAUUACUUUGAUGCAAUGCUCAAGCUGAUUUUCCUUCGACUGAACAACAAUAAAUUAACUGAUGAAGGUCUACCAACGAAAGUCUUUAACAUUUCAUCUCUUCUUGACCUUCAGCUCUCUUACAAUGAGCUCACCAGAAUUCCAGCGAUCACUGUUCACCUUGAACAUCUUCAUCUUGAUAACAACAAGAUCAACAGUGUUAAUGGCACUCAAAUGUGUCCAAUUCCUAUCCCAGGAGAUCAUGUUUAUGAGAGAAAUUUGCCACGCCUCCGCUAUCUCCGCCUGGAUGGCAAUGAAAUCAAACCUCCAAUUCCAUUUGACCUCAUGCUCUGCUUCCGACUCCUUCAGGCUGUUGUUAUUUAAAGACUGCUUAAUGUCACAGUUGUUGUGUCA